UAUUUACUACAUGUACAAUUGCUCCCGGUUUGCGACAAUUUGAGAUAAACGUAUUUGACUGUGUUGUGUUGAUAAGUUCACAAUCAGUAAUGUGGGAUAUAAUAACCGACUUCUUGUUUAUUUGGAUUACACAUUUCGAAGAUAUUGAUUGUACUCCUUAAUAAAACGUUUUUGAAAUGGAUACAGUUGGCGCUCUAAGGCUGCCUUAUCGUGUUCAAGAGGCAGUGGACAGUAUGUCAUGGACAGAGGGGCGGGACAUCAUCAUCUGUCUGAACGUGGUGUUCAUGCUGUCAUUCUGGUCGGUAGGACUUGCCUUUCUCUACGUUGACGUCUACCAGAGGCCCCGCUGGAUGCUCAAGUACAAGACGCAGCCAGGCAAAAACCAACCGGUGAACAGGAAGGAGCUGCGGCGGUUGAUCCGGCAGCUGGCGGUGAAUUACGUUGUGGUGGGCAUGCCGUACGCACUGAUUCACUACUUCCUGCACAAGAUGCGCGGCAGCGACUUGUCCUUUACCCCACCCCAUUGGCACGAAUUCCUUGUUCAUUUCUUCGUGUGUGUUCUCAUGGAGGAGGUCACAUUCUACUAUUCACAUAGGUUGCUACACACGGGUUUCCUGUACCGCCGAUUUCACAAGGUGCACCACGAGUGGACAGCCCCUAUCGGCCUCGGCGCCGUGUAUGCACAUCCGGUCGAAUUCGCAUUUGGCAACCUCAUGACGCUCGCUUCCGGUCCUCUCGUUACAGGAGCAUGUCAUGUGACGACGAUGACGUGGAUCGGGUUGGCAACAGCUGUGACGAUUAUCCACCACAGCGGUUACCAUUUGCCGCUCCUACCCUCGCCCGAGUUUCACGACUACCACCACCUCAAGUUCACGGGUAACUAUGGCUUACUGGGCGUUCUGGACCGGCUUCACAAAACGCUCAGUCCCAACUUCCGGAGGAGCAAACAGGGCCGUCGGGACCACGUCAUCAUCUCCGCCGCCCAGAUGGUCGCCAAGUGACGUCACAACAUCACGUGUUUGCCUGCCCCGAUAUACAUGCAUCAGUAUGCCAUAUUGACACGUGCUCCAAAUUCGUACCAAAGACUUAUUUUAGUUGUGUAUGUUAUAUUUCUAUUUUAGUUGUGUAUGUUAUAUUUCUAUACAACAUUUAUGAAAAAAAAAAUAACAAAUAAGAUAUGUUA